AUGGGGAGGAGCAAUGGCGGGGGGGUGGCUGGGCGGGUGGCGGUGAUGGGCGUGUUGGCGGUGAUGGCGAUGGUGGGGAGCGACGAGGGCCUCACGAAGGGCGGUUGGGCGCAGCGCUGCUUCUGGCGCAGCAGCGGCUGCAGCCGUGGCUUCCUCCCCAUCAUGAUGGCGCACGCUGCUCCCCUUGACCCCACCCAGUGUGAGCGUGUGAUUGCGGGAGUGUGGGGAGUCCGAGU